AUGGCUAGCGUGGACUCAAACGGAUCGGACCUAACAAUCAUGGACAGCAUACAAAAGGCCGAAGAAAACAACAUCGUCGAGGAGAAAAUUAUUUCACCAACGGGUAGUUCAGGUUCGAAACAACAAACAGGCGCCGUUCCGAAGCCUAAGAAAGUGAACAAAUCCGUGAAGAUUUUGGAAAAGGCAGUUCACAAACAAAAAAGGAAUCCUGUCCGUCGCGUUCGCAAACGAAACGACCAUCACUGCAAGGCAUGUGACGAGCGAGACACUAGCAGGAUGGUCAUGUGCGAUUCCUGCUCAGCCUGGUAUCACUUCACGUGCGCAGAGGUCUCUUCUAACGUCGCGGAUGAACCUUCAUGGUCGUGUGCUGCAUGUAUCGCCAAAAAGAAUCCACAGAAUGCAGAAAGGUGUGAUAAAGGUUCUACCGCUCAACAAAAGACCACAGCCAAGGAAUUUGGAAAUGCAUCCGAAAAAAAGGAGAAGCCUAAAAGCGCUCGGUCGGAGACAAGUCGAGGAAGUGGCCUUAGCGGAUCCAGACGUGUUACGGAACUUCGACUACAAAAAUUGAAAGAAAUGACUCGUCUAAAAGAGCAGUAUUUAGAGCAAAAAUAUGCUAUCCUAGAAGAUUUGGAAAGUGAAGCUGCUAGCGUGGCUAGCGAAAUAGAUACCAGCGAAAUAGAUAGGGAAUCCGAUAUUCAAAAGUGGUUGGAAAAAGCAGAUCUUCUAGGAUCCAACAACGCUUUAGCAGAAGAGCUAGUGGAGAACAUGCCGCAUCACCACGAAAAACUCUCACAACCAUUCAGGCAUCUCAGAUCAAACGUAGCACCUAAAGGCAAAGCGAUGGAACAAGGACUGGUUUUGCCGAAUCAACUGCGAAGGGAACGACGCGAAGUACUGCCUAGACCGAAGGAAUUUGCACCCGGUCAACGUUCUACGCCAUUGGCAGGUGCUAGUCGCUCCAACCACCAACAAACGGACAACGAGGUCGAGGACAUUUGUAUUCUCAAUAGGAGCCAAAUCCGUGCACGUCAAGCUGUAUCGAAGGAGCUCCCAGAAUUCAGUGGUAAUCCCGAGGACUGGCCGUUAUUUCUGACAACAUUUAACUCUUCUACUCACAUGUGUGGAUUUUCCAAUGAGGAAAAUAUGCUGCGACUCCGUAAAAGCCUGACAGGAAAAGCCUUAGAUGCAGUGAGAAGCCGAUUACUUCAUCCGACCAACGUCUCUGGUGUGAUUUCUACACUAAAGAUGCUAUUCGGGAAGCCCGAAUCCAUAAUACACUCCAUUAUUAUGAAAGUCCGCUCCCUUCCGUCACCGACCAUCGAAAAGCUGGAUACGUUAGUAACAUUUGCAAUAACCGUAGAAAAUUUAUGCGCAACAAUACAGGCUUGCGAAAUUCCGGAUUUCGCAUUCGAUGCAUCGCUACGUUACGAGCUCGUAAAUAAACUGCCUUCUAUACUCCAACUGGCAUGGGCUCAACACGCCAGGGCUCAUUCUAACCCUAGUUUAGUGGAAUACAGUACCUGGCUCUACUCUCUAGCUGAAGACGCAAGCACAGUUAUAUUUGCCAACCCUGCCAACAUGAAAUCGCGGAAAAAUGCAGGAUACGUUAACUUCCAUGAAAUGGAAGAAGAUCCCGAAGAAGAUCUACCCGUAGCGACAGUGCUUUACCAUCAGGAUAGUGUAGAGAGUCAUGGAUGCAUGAUAUGCGCUGGAAAUUGCUCAGCACUGGAAAAUUGUCAGAAAUUCAAAGCUCUUCGAUUAAAUCAAAGAUGGGAUGCCAUCAAACAGAAAAACUUAUGUCGUAAAUGCCUUAACCGACAUAAUGGAUCAUGCCGGCAGCAGAAACAGUGUGGUGUCAAUGGAUGUAACUAUCUACACCAUCCUCUUCUGCAUAACAACAAAGCCAAACGACCGCCGCAUAGUACAAACGACUCAAAUGUGGUAGAAGGAAGUUGCAACAUAAAUCAGAGCCCAGGUAAUGAAGUGCUAUUCAGAAUCCUUCCAAUAAUGCUCUACGGUCCAACUAAAACCGUCAGCACUUACGCGUUCAUCGAUGAUGGUUCGGAGCUAACACUCCUGGAAGACAAUCUGGUAGACGAGCUCGAACUAGAUGGCCCUCGGCAACCGUUGUGCCUUAAAUGGACAAGUGGCACUCAGAGAAUGGAGAACAGGUCUCGAAAAAUUAAUCUAGAAAUUUCGGGAAAAUACGACGAAGCGAAAAGAUAUCGUAUUGGAAAUAUUCGAACGGUGAAAUCCUUACAAGUCCGCCCACAAACCUUGAACAUGCAGCAAAUGCGGAAAAGCUUCAAGCAUCUUCGGAAUGUUCCAGUGCACUCGUACGAAAACGUUAGUCCAAGAUUGAUCAUCGGUUUGGAACAUGCACAUCUCGGAAACCCUCUGAAAAGUCGCGAGGGAAAAUUGCAAGAUCCGAUAGCAUCAAAAACGCGGCUAGGAUGGACAGUUUACGGUAACUGCACUGAUGAAACGUCUCCAACGCACCACAUGUAUCACCACACCUGUCAUGCAUGCUCAUGCAACGCCUCUUCUGACAGCAACCUUCACAUCGCUAUGAAGGAUUUUUUUGCGAUCGAAAGCAUGGGUAUUUGCAAACCGGAUAAACCAUUCAGUUCCCAGGAAGAUCAACAAGCCUUAACGUUACUCUCCAAUACUACUCAACGCAAAAAUGGACGUUACGAAGCAAGUUUGUUAUGGAAAUACAGCGAAAUUCGUGUUCCAGACAGCAAAAAAAUGGCGAUGAACCGAUGGAACUGCCUGGAAAAAAGACUCCUUAAAGAUCCAGCACUGUAUGGCACUAUGCAGCGUACUAUGAAUGAUUAUAUUCAAAAAGGAUAUGCACGAGAACUUACCCAGGAAGAACUCAAUGUUAAACGCGACAGAACAUGGUACCUUCCAAUCUUCCCCGUCACCAAUCCCAACAAGCCGAACAAAACAAGGCUGGUAUGGGAUGCCGCGGCCACCUCGCAUGGGAUCUCGCUUAACUCCAUGCUACUGAAAGGACCGGAUCAACUCGCAUCUCUUAUCUCAGUUCUCCUGAAAUUUCGGGAAUUUAAAGUAGGAAUAUCCGGGGACAUUCGCGAAAUGUAUCAUCAGAUACUCAUUCGCGAAUCUGACCAACAUUGUCAGCGCUUCUUUUGGAGUGAUGAACUAGGUGUCCCUCCACGCACCUAUGUUAUGCAAGUUAUGACGUUCGGCGCUCGGUCAUCUCCUAGUACGGCGCAGUACGUAAAAAACACUCACGCUCAGCAGUUUAAGCAGACACAUCCGGCAGCCGUGUCCGCUAUUAUCGAGAAACACUACGUCGAUGAUAUGCUAAUUAGUACCGAAACUGUAGAAGAAGGCAUAUCCCUGGCAAGUGAAGUGAAAUCUAUUCACGCCUCCGCUGGGUUUGAAUUGCGGAAUUUUGUCUCCAACUCUCGCAAGGUGGUUACAACACUAGAGCAACUCAACCCACCAGAAACUUGCGACGAGAAAAACAUGAACAUCGGAAUAGCAGCUACAACAGAAAAAGUGCUUGGAAUGUGGUGGAAUACCGCAAACGACUCCUUCAUGUUCAAGAUAUCGCCCCGUUUCGACGAAGACCUACUCGAAGGACGACGAAAGCCAACCAAACGUGAAGUGCUACGAACGCUGAUGUUAAUUUUCGACCCAUUAGGACUGGUCGGACACUUUCUGAUGUUUUUAAAGUGCCUUCUACAAGAGAUUUGGAGAACAUCUAUCGGAUGGGACGAUCCCAUCGGGGACGAACAGUUUCAGAAAUGGACUCGAUGGCUAAAUGUUCUUCCACAAAUAACUACACUUAAAAUUCCUAGAUGCUAUCGCGCUGUAGUAUCGCUAAGCCCUGACACAAACGUUCAGCUGCACACUCUAGUCGAUGCCAGUGAAAACGGUAUGGCAGCCGUUGUCUAUCUGAGAUUCGAAAAGAAUGGAAAUAUUGACUGCACGAUUACUUGCUCGAAGACUAGAGUAUCCCCGCUCAAGUUUCUAUCCAUUCCAAGAUCUGAGCUACAGUCCAGCUUAAUAGGAGCCAGACUAGCCAAAACCGUUUGCGAAAAUAUUUCGUUUAAAGUAGAUCAACGUUUCUUCUGGACCGACUCGAGAAACGUACUUAGCUGGAUGUCAGCCGAUCAUAGACGAUACAGUCAAUUCGUUUCUCAUCGUGUGAGCGAAAUAUUAGAAUUAUCUGAACUCUCCGAAUGGCACUGGAUACCAUCAAAACUGAAUGUCGCAGAUGAAGGAACAAAAUGGAAGAAAAAUCCUGACCUAAGUAGUACAUGUAGAUGGUUCCAAGGACCACCCUUUCUUCGGUUUCCGUCAAGCCAAUGGCCGCUGCCUGAAGAACCUAUCGAGCAAACAGAGAUCGAGCUACGUGCGCAUUUACUGUGCCAUGCAGCGUCCCCGGACAAGAGUGUUAUUCCUACACAAAAAUUCUCAUCGUGGAAUAAACUUCUCCGUUGCACCUCCUUCAUAUUCAGAUAUAUUUCAAAUCUAAAUAGCUGUCGACUGAACAGGAAGAGCUCUACCGGACCCCUGACCGACGCGGAGCUUCGUGCAUCGUGCACCACCGGGCCGCUUACCAAAGCUGAGCUUCAAAGGUCCGAAAUCUACUUAUUCCGUUACGCUCAAGAAGUCUAUAAACAUGAGAUCGAAAUUCUAUCCAACCAUAAGGUUGGUAUCCUAGAACGUAAUAUUCCUAAAAAUAGCCCGCUUCAUAAACUAAACCCGUUUCUGGACGAUAAUUUGUUACUUCGAGUAAGUGGACGAACCUUAGCUUGCGAGUUUGCAUCCUUUAAUGUUAGCAAUCCAAUAAUUCUUCCGAGAAGUGAUCAUAUCACUACCCUCAUCGUUCGCUACUUUCAUGUACGCUACCAUCACCAAAACCAUCAAACCGUUGUAAAUGAGCUUCGCCAACGCUAUCACAUUGGAGGCUUGAAAGCGCUUUAUAAAACAGUACGUAAAAAUUGUCAGAUGUGCAAAAACGAUAGUGCUACUCCACAGCCACCGUUGAUGAGCGACCUACCACUAUGUCGUCUUGCAGCGUUCAAUCGACCGUUCUCUUAUAUAGGAAUUGAUUAUUUCGGACCAAUGAUUAUUAAAAACGGUCGAAAACAGGAGAAGCGCUGGGGCGUUCUGGCUACCUGUCUGACAAUUCGAGCAGUUCAUCUUCAACUAGUACGCUCAUUGACGACUGAUUCUUGUAUCUUAGCCAUACGCAACAUCAUGUGCAGGCGUGGCGUCCCUAUAACCAUUUACAGCGAUAGAGGGACAAAUUUCAUCGGAGCCGAUAAGGAGUUAAAACGCACUCUAGAAAAUGUUAACCAAGACAGACUUAUGGAAGAAUUUGUAACAUCGGAGACGCAGUGGUCCUUCAAUCCACCAGCCUCUCCUCACAUGGGGGGAGCCUGGGAAAGGCUCGUUAGAAGCGUGAAAACGAACUUAGCCAAGCUCAAACCAAAUCACGCCCCGACCGAAGAGAUCCUCGAAAAUAUGCUCAUCGAGAUCGAAAACGUGAUAAAUUCAAGGCCUCUUACUUACGUGCCGACUGAUGAUGAUAGCUCACCGGUGCUUACUCCUAACCACUUUAUUUUAGGAUCCUCAAAUGGAUUGAAACCAUUUGUUCCCUUUGACGACAGCGCCCUGGCGUUGAAGAAAGGAUGGCAGCUAUCACAGCUCAUGGCUAACGUGUUCUGGAAAAUGUGGGUACAUGACUACCUACCUACACUCACUCGCCGUUCAAAAUGGUUCUCUGAAGUCAAACCGAUUGAAGUGGGGGACAUAACUGUCAUCGUAGAUCCUAAUCUUCCCAGAAACUGUUGGCCGAAGGGCCGAGUUAUAAGGACGAUAGCGUCACCGGAUGGAAGAACUCGGAAAGCAGUGGUGCAGACUAUAAGCGGAAUUUACGAACGCCCGGUAGCAAAGCUCGCUGUUUUAGAUGUUGGCGACACGGAUAGAGUACGCGAGAAUCUACGUCUCCCGUACACUACGGGGGGGACUGUUGAUAACGCCAACCAAAUCAACGAGCCCCUUGCCCUUAGUUCCCGAAACGUCAAAGCCAAGUCCGGGAGCUCGUCACUCGCUUCUGUCAAGCCCGACAAGACGACAGGGCGUUUGGAGGAGUGA